UGUACGACAGGCAGAAUAGGCGAAGCGCUUGCAAAAGAGUUUCACUCGCAGGGUAAUGCACAAGUUUUUGCAACAUCGCGUAAUGUCGAUGCAAUGCCAACCUUGGCGGCAAUUGGUAUCGAGACACUUGCUCUUGACGUCACAGACGUUAACAGUAUUCGGGAGGCGAAAAACGUGAUAGCGGAACGUACGGGGUCAUCGCUUGACAUUCUUGUGAACAAUGCUGGUACAACAUAUCCCUCGGCAGCGAGUGACAUCUCCAUGGACAGGGUCCGUGCAGUGUUUGAUGUUAACCUCUUCGGUGCAAUGACUGCCGUACACGAAUUUCUUCCUCUCCUGUUGGCCACUGGAGACUCUCGGAUCGUCCAAAUGUCGAGUUUGGCUGGACUUAUGCCGGUACCUUUCAACAGCGCGUACAACACAAGCAAAGCUGCACUUCUAUCGUAUGGGGAUACACUGCGCGUGGAACUUGCACCACUCAAUAGCAUCAUGCAGAAUAUGCCAAGAUCACUUCCCCCGGAUUCGAUAUAUCAGCCGAUUAACCAGGAAUAUGCGCGUGACCGCAUUGAGCAUUUCCAAGACAGCGCGUUACCAGUCAGCCAACUUGCGAAGACUGUGGUCGCCGAAGCACUGACGAAGACUCCUCGAGCAUGGGUGUAUACCUCAAAAAACGCGUGGCUCGUAUGGAUAGUCAGCACGUUCAUGAGCAGGACAGGAUUCGUACGUGUGUAUCUGUGA